AGGAUAUGAUAUGUUGUUGUGCAAUGGUUGAGCAUGGAAGUGACAAACAUGUCCCAAGCUCUGCAACUUCAUGCUCAAUUCCUAAAAUCACAAACCCAAAAUCAACAAAAUUUCUCAAAACUCUUCACUUUCUCAGCUCUUUCACCCUCCGGUGACCUCAACUACGCUCGUCUUCUUCUCAACACAAACCCAUCUCUCAACUCUUACUACUACAACACCAUCAUUCGUGCUUAUUCUCAUAGUUCCAACCCCACCCAUCAUUUUCAAGCACUUUCUCUCUUCAUCUUCAUGCUCCAACCAAACAACAACCACCAUGUACCUACACCUGAUAACUUCACUUAUCCUUUUGUUCUCAAAUGCUGUGCUCGUUUGAAACUUACCCAGCAAGGAAAACAGCUUCAUUGUUUGAUUACUAAGUUGGGUUUUGGUUCUGAUUUAUAUAUUCAAAACUCGCUUAUUCAUAUGUACUGUGAAAUUGGUGAAUUGGGUGUUGCACGUGAACUGUUUGAUAGAAUGUCUUAUAGAGAUGUGGUUUCUUGGACGUCUAUGAUUGAUGGUUUUGUUAACUGUGAUCUUCCAAUUGAGGCAAUUGAGUUGUUUGAGAGAAUGUUGGAAGGUGGAGUGGAUGUGAAUGAUGCCACGGUGAUUUCUGUUUUGAGAGCUUGUGCGGAUUCGGGUGCGUUGAGUGUGGGGAGGAAAGUGCACGGGAUUGUGAAGGAGAAGGGGAUUGAUUUGAAGGGUAAUGUUUGCACUGCGCUAAUUGAUAUGUAUUCGAAAUGUGGGUGUUUAGAGAGUGCAAGGAAGGUGUUUGAUGAUGUUGUGGAUAGAGAUGUUUUCGUUUGGACUGCAAUGAUUUCUGGCCUUGCUUGUCACGGGAUGAGCAAAGAAGCAAUUGACUUGUUUGUUGAAAUGGAAAAGUGUAAUAUAAAACCUGAUGAGAGGACAGUUACAGUGGUUUUAUCGGCGUGUAGGAAUGCAGGCUUGGUUCGUGAAGGUUACAUGUUUUUCAGUGAUGUCCAAAAGCGUUAUGGUAUGAAACCCACAAUUCAACAUUUUGGUUGCUUGGUGGACCUCCUUGCUAGAGGAGGGUGUUUGGAGGAAGCUGAAGAUUUCAUUAAUGCAAUGCCAAUGAAACCUGAUGCAGUCCUUUGGAGGACCUUGAUAUGGGCGUGCAAAGUUCAUGCAGAUACAGAAAGAGCUGAGCGUUUGAUGAAACACCUUGAACUGCAAGGCAUGAGUGCAAAUGAUAGUGGAAGUUACAUACUUGCUAGUAAUGUUUAUGCGUCCGUAGGGAAGUGGUGUGACAAGGCAGAGGUGAGAGAGUUGAUGAAUAAAAAGGGGCUGCUAAAGCCACCAGGGUCUAGUAGGAUUGAAGUUGACGGUGUUGUGCAUGAAUUUGUGAUGGGGGAUUAUAAUCACCCUGAAGCAGAGAAAAUAUUUGUCAAAUUGGAUCAGAUGGUGGAUAAACUUAGAAAAGAAGGGUAUAAUCCAAAAGUGUCAGAGGUAAUGCUUGAGAUGGAUGAUGAGGAGAAGGCCAUUCAGUUGCUUCACCAUAGUGAGAAGCUAGCUCUUUCUUAUGGACUGAUUAGGACAUGUCCUAGGUCCAAAAUUAGGAUUGUAAAGAACCUAAGGUCUUGCAAGGACUGUCAUGAAUUCAUGAAAUUAAUCUCUAAGGUAUACCAAAGAGACAUCAUAGUAAGAGACAGAAUACGUUUCCAUCAUUUCAAAAAUGGGGAUUGCUCUUGUAAAGAUUAUUGGUAGCAUGAGAAUUGUCCUUGGAUUGAAUGUUGUAACGCAUAAAAGGAAAACUUGUAGAGAAAUACCAGUGUACAGUCACAUGAGCUGUGUUAGCUUUGAUGCCUAAUUUGGCCAUCGAGACAAAUUCUAAAUGCCAAGGCAUUUUUCUGCUUGCAUGGACAUGAUUUCAGAUUUUAAACGUAAAUCAUGAGAGAUGUGAUGGCCCUUUUCUGAUGAACAUCAAAAGAUGGGAUAUACUUGUGAUCUAUCCAUAAUUCGUGACAAAUGUGCAUAGUCAAAGUACUGCUACAUAAUUCAGUUUCUAUGUGGUUCAAGGCUGUCAAACUCUCAAGUUGAGUCUACAACUCGAUUCUACGCAGGCUCCACAAGUUUACCUAGACUCUCGGGAUUGACAACAUUGAUUUGCUUUAGAUAUGGUCAUAUAGGACACCCAAAGAGGGAGAACCACAUUCAUUCUUUGGAAGUUCUUUGGCCAGAUACUGUUAGCAAUUUUCAGGGGAAAAGAAUACCUGUCUCCAAUACCAAAUAACUACCUCUGGCCCUCUCCCUUUCUAAUGAUGAUGCUCAGCGACGCCAUAUUUAAGAACAAUUUUUUAGGGUUUAAUGGAGAUGCAUGCACUCGCUGUACUGUCGAUGUAAAAUAGUUUUACAGCAACAUCCAAUGAGAACUCGUGAUAUUGUCAGUUUGCACUGUAAGUCCCUUUUUCUCACAUUUUUUACUCAGAUUAUAUGUAUAUAUUUCUGUUUAAUCCUUUUUUAAAGAACA